CCAAACAGACGCCGAUGUCUGCCGAAUUGAUCACGUAAAAACACCGCCAUAUUCAACAUUUAUCUACCUCCCGCGAAGUUAUUUCAGUACUACAAUGGCUGGUGAUCAGUUGCGGUAAAAUUGUUCGUGUUGACGUUGUCGUAAGGAAAGGAUAUUUGGAGUUGUGGACGGGAAUUCCCGGCUGCUGGCUGACUGAUGGCGUAUCGAAAUUGAGCGAAGCCGCCAAGUUGCGUGUACUCCGUUGGAAGACAUAGUCAUGCCACGUCAAAAACAAUCAAAACCCAAGGCUCUAAAACAGCAACGUGAGGAGGUUGAACAAUUGAUCCGUGAUGGUGGCAGCACUGAUACCAGUAAACAAGAUGAAGAAGCAUUGGCCAAGACCUCUACACAACCUGCCAUGCCAUCUACCACUGAAAAGGGCAAGCACAGAGCUACCAAGAAACAGCAUCGUUACAAGAGUGCCAUGAAAGUGAAAAUCGCCAAGAAAAUACGCAACAAGCGCAUUGUCAAAUCUCUUCAAGCAAAGCAGUCUCCAAAGAUCCCUAUUGUUAAUGACGGCCCUUCAAGUCUAAAUCAAAACAAUAACAAGGAGCAGGUGUCCGAGGAUACAGAGUUCAAGUCCCCACCGUCGGGGGAAGACAUCGGGUUCGAUAGCAGUAUCUUUGACUUGGACAUUUACAAAAACAAGUAUGAUAUGAUCAAGGAGAGAAGUCUCAAGAGAGCAACCAAAGUCAAAAAAGACGUCCAGGACAAGUCAAAAGACACUGAAAGUAGCUCCAGGAAAGGUUCUGAAAGUCCUAAAAAGAGCCCAGUAUCUCCAGCGAAGGCACCUGAGAGCUGCCUUCAGACAAGUCAAACAGAGGUUGAGGUACUAACAUUGCAGACGUCACCAAAACAAAAAAACUUGAUUCCACAGUAUCAGUCAGUCAAAAGGGAAAGUGCUGAAACACUUGUUAGAUUUCCAAAGAUUAGCGCAGAUAUUGGGCAGCGUAGGCAGCGCUCAGUGUCCGAGGGACUGCCUUCUAAACAGGACACGGUCUCAAAGCAACAAGCUCUUGAGGCUUUAUUGCAAAUAACUGAUGUUGAACUAAACACGAUGAGCUUUACCCCCACUUGUGGAGACACAGUUCCUGGUAGGGUGCCAACAGUGACCAGUUCAAAUCGCAUGGUUUCCCAGAGUGCACAUGCUGGCUUUAACAAAAGAAGCUCAACGAAAAUCAGUGAAUCAGAUAAAGGCGUAGUGAAAUAUCAACUGCACUCUGACUCUCUAGAAGAACAAGGUUUGAAACUUGUUUAUACAGCACCAAGCACUCAAGACUCUGUCACUUUCAGUCACAAUCGCACAAGGAAGUCCAGCACGAGAAGUAAUGCUUCAGAUACUGCUGAGGACACCACUGCCAAAGAUGCACAGAAAUGUUGUAAGAAACUGGGACGGCAUGUUUGCCAUUUCUGUGGACGCAGGUGCACCAAGCCUAGCGUCUUGAAGAAGCAUAUCAGGUCCCACACUGGGGAGCGUCCUUAUCCCUGUUUACCUUGUGGGUUCUCCUUUAAGACAAAAAGCAACCUUUACAAGCACUGCAAAACCCAUGCACAUGCUAUAAAGGCAGGAAAUACUCCAAACUCUGAUGACCUAUCUAAGCUCUCACCAGUGGAACUUGAUGAAGAUGAUUCAGAAGAAACUGAAAGCGAAGACGAAGUAGCAGCUUGUGAUGCAACCACCUGUCAAACGGAAUUGACAGACAAGUGUUCACACACUACUAGCCAAGUGCAAGUUGGCUCUAAGCCACGGUCAGAGACGGAACAAAUGACAUCACUGACAGACUCAAAUACCAAUCAAUUUAACAUUCCCAUGAUGCAAGUACAUAGGAGCCAUGCUGCAGUACCAGAUAUUCCUAGGCAUCAAGCAGACAGCCAAAGUAGCAUGGAAACCAUGUUAAGACAUUCCAACAGUUUGGUUCCUACCCCAAAUUCAGUACUACCAACAGCUAAUAUCAAAAAGGAAAUGCCACUUCUGAGUACAUUGAUCCCUGACCAGAUAUCAAAGGCAUCUCACAAUUCAUUUGCAUCUGUUGCUGAACCUUCACAACAAGAUUUUCAGGGUGUGUCCGGAAGUAGACCUGAUGAGGAAGUGGUGAUGUCAGCAUCAGGGGCUUCCUCAAGCCAGCUCUUGAAGACACUACUACCUGGAGAGCUUGCUGGUUUCCGAAUCGAUAUGGAAACAAGACGGGCCAUACCUGUCCUGAACCCUCAACAUGGAACUCCAGGAGCAACUCCUGCAUCCCAGCCAAACGAGGCAUCGACAACAACCUCUGGUAAAUUCAUUCCGAUCACAGGGUUUAACAUCGUCAAGUCAGGCGGUCAGUAUCACGUGCAGAUUCCUGUGCAGGGUAUUCCUGAAGACUCUCUGACCAUGGCUCUUGAAGGAGAGGCAGGCAACCCUAGUGUUGGUGAUACAAGCAACGGUUCAAGUCAAAAUAAAGGUGUGUCCAAAGAGUCUCUGCAGGAGCGGAUUCAGCUUCUUAUUUCUCAAAACCGAGCUAUUGUGGACAAUGCCGACCUUGAAUCUGUAAAGCCACGCCGCACUAGUGUUUCUCGGAGGGAUAGUGAAAACAAUUCACCAAGGAUGGACUUCGCAAUGGACCCAUUACAUAUCAAUGAGAAAAAGACUACAGAUGCAAGAAGUGUACCUUCUUCAAUUUACUCGGAGUACACUACAUUAAAUUCUCCUACACAUCAUAAGAGGGACUCCUCAUCUGAACCCCAAUACCAAUCUCGUUUCACUCAUUCACCUCUGGCCGAUUAUCCUUUGCCAGGAGAAGGAAACCUGCUGGAAAAGGUAUUGAAAUCCCAACAGCAGAAUCCAAGACAUCCAGAUGUACAAACAGCAAAGCUAGACACUCUAGUCCAUUCAUCUGGGAAUCUUGGAGACAAUAGUAAUCCCAUCAAAGACCUCUUAAUGAAAGACAGACCUCAUAGAUUAGCACAGAUUGCGCAGCAGUCUCCUGUUCAUGUUUCAGGAGAAUUCAAAGUUGAACCAGGCUCUCCAAUGAUGAAAUUUUUCCAGGGAACGUCUUGGCCAGUACCGCAGGGUGGAGACUCUGCCAUGACCCAGCUGCGUGGUUCUCUCCAACAGCAAAAGAUUUGGCCACAGAUGCAGAAUCAAAGACAGCCUAUAUCAUUUCCUACAACCGAAGAUGUUAAUGUCUCCCAAAGGAUCUCCGAGUUGAGAGGUCACAGAAGGAAAUACAAAUCCGAAAGUGAAGCACUUGGUGGGCACCUGCCUAUGGGACCCUCUUCUCCAAAACGACGAGCCAGAAAAAUCAAGGACAUUCCCACUGCAGUAUCACCACUGGCCACAAGCAAUGUUAAACACCCUGUGACAAAUCUUGCUUCAUCUUUAACACCCGCAGAUGUUCAGAAGGGUCUUGACAAACAUGUUGCUGCUAGUCCUCAUGGUUCUCACUAUGCAUCUUUUCCAGGACAUGUGACUUCACAACCAAGUCCAUCACACCCUCUCACGGCAACUACAUCUAGCUUGACAUCAAUGCCGAGCCAUUCAAUUUCUGGACAAAGUCACUUGACGUUAGUCCCGGGCCAUAUGAUGACAUUGCAGAGCCGCAUGUCAACCGGUCACAGUCACAUGACUUCUGUGUCAAGUCCUUCAAUGCCAAGACACAUGUCAACUGUUCCCAGUCGUAUGACAUCUCUGCCAAGUAAUACAACGUCAUUACCUAGUCCGAUGAUGUCAAAUACAAGUCAGAUGAUGGGUAUUCCGAGUCACAUGACAUCAUUGCCAAGCCAUAUGACAUCCAAGCAGAGAAGUGUCACAUCAGUUCCAAGCCACAUGGCAUCUAAUCAAACUAAUCACUACUCUAGUCCUCUACCCUCAGUUGCUGGCAUUUUGACAUCAGAUGCUUGUAAUCUGUCUCCUUAUUCAAUGCUCCAGAAUCAAAUUCCUGGUCAAAGUACAUCAGUGAAUCAACAGAGUGGAGGAUCAGUAUCAAGUGUUUAUAUACCGCCGUCCACCUCAGAGGUGUCUGUUAUUCAGCAUACUAGAACGCAGAGUAAGGGCGAACCAACCAAUAUAGAGCUGAAGCUUGAAGUUAACCAACCCAGAGAGAAACAAUUCGCAGGGUUUCCAUGGCCAUACAAGUACCCUAUCUCAACAAGAAGUCCAGGGGCAGCGUCACCAGCAAGUCAAGGAUUACAUCUACUGGCAGUAGCUUCAAAAAAGCCCAACCUUUCUCCACAUUUAUCCUCUUUGGCUGGAAACAGGAAGCGGAGUUUCUCCAUGACUGAAGGAUUUGUUGAUCCUGAGAGACAUACUGAAAGGGUGAAGUCCCCCUGGCCAAAAGAGGAUCCUACCAAAUCUCUGAAGGGAAAGGCGACCCCAGAUUCUGAUAAUGCAGCACCCAUCGCUAUGCAAUUACUUGCAGCAGUUGCACACAGUUCGUCAUAUGCACCAAGACUCAGUCCAAGAGAUAUGGAGAAUAGAAGCCAUCUGAGUGAAACUGAACAAGUGUCUCAUUUCUUGCCAGUCUCAUCAUCUAAAGGUGGUUCAGUACAUCGUGGAGGUAGUCCUAGAUACAGUGAAAGUCCUUUAAAGCAGGAAUCUCAAAUGCCACCUACCAUAACAAGCCCCAAUAUUAUUAGCCAGCAAAGAGAGAUGGCAUCUCCUGAGCCGAAAAAGAUGAAGCUAGAUAGGAACACUCGGAGUCCGAGAUCACCACGGAAUGAUGGCAGCAAACAAAACAGUACAACCAUACCGUCAGUUCCUGCUUCUAGACGCCAUUUAACAUUAGACCUGAAGUCCCCCUUGACAUCACGUGUAAAAUCUCCUGGUGGUACUGAUUCUCCAAAACCUCUUCUACAAAUUGAUCCCAAAAGUUUGCUGACACCAGAAGCACUCUCCAUUGCAGAGUCGGUGAUGAAACUAGCAUCUCCUAUGAAAGCAAAUACACCCAGCACUCCCGUAGAGUCGGCACGUGAACUAGGGAGAUUGAUGGCUCACGCUUUUCACAAUGCAGGUGGGAAAGUUGAAAGCUUGAUCACAUCCACACAAGGCACAAUGAUGAUAGGACCCAUUGCAACCCCUACGCCAGGAUCUAAGAGUGGUUCAACUCAAUAUUUCAUCAUUCCAUCUCCAUCUUCAACACAACCUCCGACUGGUUUCCCAGGUCCGCAAUCUAUGUUUUCUCCUUCAACUCCUAGUGCAGCCUCAAGUGCAUUAGUUUCACCCUUGAGAAGUCCUAUGGCGAGCUUUCAGCCUCCUGGAGAACAGCCAACUCUAAGUACCAGUCUUUCACCCAGAUACAAGCGUGUCCAACCACAGAAACACAACUCCCAGAACAAGUACGAAAAGUAUAAUUUGAGUCUUGUGAAGACAAAUUCUGCGCUAAAACAGAGAAUCAAGUUGCCACCGUUGUCACGCAGUACAGCACGAAACCCCAAAGUCACACAGACAACAUUUUGCUGUGUUAAACGGCCACAACCCAUGUUUGUUCAACAAGGACCAAACAGAAAGGUAUCCAUGUAUUCAAACUGGAGACCUAGUGGAGACUUUUCACAUCCGCUUGGAAUCUCUUGGAAAGCUCAUCUCGGUUUGUACGAUUCUGGCCGAAAUAAAAAGCCUCGUUUUUACUAUGUCACAACAAGUAUAUCUCCACCACAAUGUGGUAUAGUGACCGACUCUGCUGGUUGGAAGCCUGAAUCAGCCAUCAAGAAAUCUGAAAGUCAAACGUUGGUGGAAGCGCAACAGAAGCAGGAAAUGGAUAGUGGAUCAAACCGACCUUUUGAUGCUGGAUCUUCACUAGAGAAAGCUACUAUUGACAGUAACUUGCUCAAAGUUAAAGACAAAAAACCAAAAGAUGGUUCUGACCAUGAACCAAGCCGUAUUCAGAUAUUUGCUGGUGGAUAUAAAUCUAACGAGGAUUAUGUUUAUGUCCGUGGUCGAGGCCGUGGCAAGUACGUCUGUGAAGAAUGUGGCAUCCGAUGCAAGAAACCCAGCAUGUUGAAGAAGCACAUCCGCACUCACACUGAUAUGAGACCGUAUCAAUGCCACAUUUGCAACUUUGCUUUCAAGACGAAAGGUAACCUCACAAAACACAUGAAGUCAAAAGCGCAUAGCAAAAAGUGUAUAAAGAAUGGUCUCUCACCAAUGGAUGAAAGUUGCAUGGAGCAUCAAUUCUCAGAUGCUGAUGAUGAGGAUACUGACUCUGCAGAUGGUGACACAUCGGAUGAAGACGACGAGGAUGAUGAGGAUGAUGACAUAUCUGAAACUCACUCCGAAAGCGCUGUCCCAAUAAACAUUACAGUGCCACCAAGAGAACGCUAUAGCUCUGUUCCCAAUAUCCAAGAGAUGCGUGAACAUUCAGAUAGCCAAGGGAGACCUUUAGUGUGGCACCAGUGCCAUCCGGAAGACAUGAAGAAAGUGCACAGCGACAACCAAGACAGGCCCAGGCGAGAUUCUACAGGCUCAAUCCCCAGCACUGUUUCCUCAGCAUCAAAAGAAAAUGUUGAUGAAAAGCAACCAGUGAAACUUUCCCGUUCAGAGGUUGUUGGAAAGUUGAGCCGACAUUUGACAAACAGGCAUCAGCUUAGUCUUGAAAAGGCUCAGAAGGCUCAGACAGCUUCAUUUGGGAAAUCAGAGGAUACCAAAGUCCAAGAGAGUAGCUUUAGAUUUGACAUGUCACAGCUGCCUUUACUGUAUCCAGGUACCCUCAUUUCUCAGCCUGCACAACACCCAAGACCGGUCCAAACUCCACCAGACCCUCCAGUUCUAGACAAAUAUGGCCACAUUGUGUUGACAAAGUCACCUUCAACAGCAAGUCAAUAUAGACUGUCAACAACUGUACAAGAAGACCUCAGCUUCAAGGCAAAAACUGGAAGUAGCAGUGACAGAGUAAUUGAGACAUUGCCUUCCCCAAGACCCUUAAGUCAGCCUGUUUCAAGCUUUGACAAUAUCUUGUCAGCAAGGCAGCUUUAUGAGAAGUCUAAUUCGGCAGCAAUGACAUCUGUGCAUACUAAAUUCUCUGAAAAGGCUUCGUCAUCCCCAUCUACCUCAGAGAUGCAAUCGCGAAUUGAGCACUCGACGAAUCCUACACAAACUUUGAAUAACUUUUCUGAAAUAUCCUCCCAUUUCCCAUUUGUAACACCUUCUCAAGGCAAGUCAAGCAACAAACCUCAAGAAGCUGUUGGAGUGAAGCCAAUGCACACCAUGCAAAACAAACAUUCUCCAAUAUUUCCCCAUCAUGCGGUUUCUAGUGAUUUACAGAUCGCCCCUGGAGGUAACCCAGCCUUCCCAAGCAGCUUUAUGCCAUAUCCUCAUCAGCAGAGAACAAUUGCACCUCAUGGCCUCCCUACUAUUCAAGAGAUCACUCGACCAUCGGACACCUCAAGCCUCAACCUUGGACGACCACUGCAUAUUCAGUCACCCACACAACAAAUGAAAUCACAAACCUCACCGAGAGGUCAUCCAAGUGCUGCUCUUGCGCACCAGUCAAUCAGUAGUUUUGAGCCAGUCAAGCACAGUACAUUGCCUAUGUAUGUUGAGGCCAUUUCAGAUGACGAAGAUGAACACUGCCAAAAGAAACGACCAGUUGCUGCCGAGAAAAGGCAAGGGUUCAUGGUAUCAGGUAGUAUCAAUAACACAGGAAACCGUCCACAGUCCUUUCCCUCCUGGAUGCCUGAAUCUGUUACUUUUACAUGUAGUGCAAUCAAACAGCUGCUGUUGGCAAGACCCUCUUUAAACCCCUCGCAACAAGACAGCACUAAGGCCCAAUUCGUGUCACCCUUUUUGCCACCAUCAUUAGCUUCUCCAAAGUUACCCAUCGCCAAUCAAGGAUCGUCUUUCAGUAGUUCUUUGCCAAUGCACCCCCCUUUGGUUUCCCCAAUGUUACCUUCAAAGAUGAUGCAGCUGCCGCCGACGAUUCUCUCUCAAGUAAGGACACCCACAGUUCAAUCAACAACAACUUUUCCCCCACAAGAUGAGAAGCGAACUUCACCCGGUCCAUUUGUGCCACCUGUUUCACAAUCCAAAUCUCAGCACAAUUGGGUGUCUCAUCAACCACAAUAUGAAAGCUCACCCAGUGGUGAUUCAAUAAUUGGCGAGGCACCGGAAGAGCUAUUCUCACCUGUACAUGUUGGGAAUCACAAGUGCUCAAGCUGCAAUAAGAUUUUCAUGAAACCAAGUCAGCUUCGGAUCCAUAUGCGUGUCCACCUUGAAGAAAACUCUUUCUCUUGUCCAGAGUGUGUACAGUCAUUCCCAACGCGGAUCAUGUUGGCCAAACAUGAACGAUCUCAAGAGCAUCUCUCUAAAGUGGACGCUGUGGAAUUACCAUCUUCAGCUGAUGAUACGGACCCGCGCCCGUUUAAGUGCAAGGAAUGCCAAAUCGCGUUUCGGAUACCAGGUCAUCUUGCCAAGCAUCUGCGCUCCAGAGGUCACCGGAUGACCCUGGAGCGAGAAGGCAAGCUGCCACUACCCAAGGAGGACUUGACUGGUCAUGAUGCAUUGUCGGACCUAGAUCAAGGAGAUCUGAUUAUCGACGACUCUCAUCACCCACUCAGUCCAACUGGCUCAUCUGAUAAGACAGACAGUGCUAGUGAGAGUGGUGACUUAUACCAAAUGGAAGAUAUCAACGCAACUGCUCAAAGUAUGUAGGUUUUGUUUGACAAAACUUCUGUUAUCAAAACCAAAAAGCAACAACAGCAAUAACCAAGAAAAAUUGACAAAAUCACUUUGAUGGCGCUCAAAGGGAACAUGAUUAUGUUCUAUUUCAUUUGUAUAGUGACGUACUACCUUAAAGAAAGUUGUGAAACUGUAAAUGAUGUUUCAAAAAAAUCACUAUUUUAUUUCAUGAAAAAAAAAAUGCAAAUCAUUUGUUUUUUUUGUUGGUAGUUCACUUGAUAGUGUCAUUUGGAACAGUCUUUAUAUGCACUUCCUUUUCAAACUUCAACAAAUCCAUCAAAACAUCUCUCAUUUUUGUUUGAUUUGUAAAACAUUUAAAAUAUUUUUACACAGAAUAUUAAUGAGAAUGUGUGAUGUUCGUGUACAAUGUCCAUCAGGAAAAUAUUAUCAGGGAAAACAAUGUUUGAAAUACACAAAACCUGAUAUCAUUUGGAAUCAACUUUGGAAUGUGCAUGUAUCACUUCAGCUUUGAAUCUAAAAAAUACUAUUGUCACACUGCAAGGGAGUUCUUUUAUGACAAUUUUGAUUAGAAAUGUUUGUAUAACAGAUUAUAAACACAAUGAACAAAAUGUGAACUUGACACUCACAAUGAGCCUGUUGAGGUAUGGUGGACACUAUAGGAGUGUACUGUUUGGUUUGGGUGUAUACAGACAAAUUUACCCAAACCAAAUAGUACUUAGUCUUGUGUACGCCAUACUUUGAAAAGGCUAAUGUUUUCUAAUGGGCAGCACUUUACUUUUAGUCAUAGUUGAUGGUUGUAACUUGUUUCAACUGCCUCAAAACUUAAACAACAUUGCUCAGUUCAACUUCAGCAGUUAAGUGAACAUACCUGGGUCCAAGUUCAUAGAGCUGCUAAGCACAAAACGUUGCUUAGCAUGAAAUUUCUUCCUUGAUUAAAACAGUAUUGCCAACUGAAUUUCAACGUGAUCUUUAGGACAAGCAAACAAUAGCUGAAUACCACCAACAAGCAAUAUGCAACAAAUUUAAAUUUGGUUGGUAAUCCUGUUUUU